UCAAAUCUUCCCGGAGUUUUCUGGAGAAAAGAAAAAAAAGAAAAAAAAAAAUGAAGCCCCACAAAUUGACCAAACUCGUUUGGCUCAUUCAAAACAUAGAAAUUGAAAUUAAAGUUGUAUGCUAAGUCCAAUACUUGCUUGGCCGACAUUUAUUGCAAGACAUCAUAGCAAUCCACCAAGUUCUCAUUUAUAAGCAAAUUUUCUGCUUCCAACUUCCUUAUUGUGAGGUUGUUCAGGAAUAUUUGGAAGAAACAGAAAGCAGGGAAGGGCAGAAACAUGGGUAGAAAAUUGGAUGCUUUGCUUGGAAGAAACUUCAAGACCUCCAAGUUCAGAACUCUUGCUAAACUUGCUACCUCAAGGACUGGUAUCCUGAAGAACCAGCAUCAAGUCAAGUAUUCCCAUGCCAGGUCUGAUGUAAUUGAACUCCUCAACCUUGGUCACCAAGAACAAGCCCUUCUUCGGGUAGAGCAUGUGAUCAAAGAACAGAAUAUGGUGGAUGUAUUCACCAUAAUGGAAAGCUAUUGUCAUCUCUUGAUAGAGAGAGUCAUGCUCAUUCAAAACAACAGGGAAUGUCCUGAUGAGCUUAAGGAGGCAACAUCAAGCUUGAUAUUUGCAUCAUCAAGAUGUGCAGAAUUCCCAGAGCUUCUUCACAUUCGUGGGAUUUUAUCAUCAACUUUUGGGAAAGAAUUUGUUGCUCGUGCUGUUGAAUUACGGAACAAUUGCUGUGUACAUCCUAAGAUAAUACAGAAGCUUUCAACACGACAACCAAGCUUGGAAAGCAAAUUGAAAGUGCUCAAGGAGAUUGCCUCCGAGGGGGGUAUUACCUUGCAUUUGGAGGCAGUGGUUGUAGAGGAGAAAUUGGAUGUCAAUGAGAAGCAGAAUCAAUCCGUUGCUAGUGUAUCUGCAAAAUUGGAUGAUCCUGAGCAUAAAGAUACUGCUUAUGAUUGGCCUAGAGAAAUAAACCUAAAUGAAAACUUCUCUGAGUCAAUAGAAGCAAGGAAAAAGUACAGAGAUGUAGCUGCAGCUGCUCAAGAGGCUUUUGAAUCAGCAGCUUAUGCAGCAGCAGCUGCAAGAGCAGCUGUUGAACUCUCUAGAACUCAACCUCAAGAUUUUGAUCCAUAUGAUUAAAGUCGUUAGAGUAAUAAAAAGAGAGGCUCCAGCCAUACCUGAUCCAAUAAUACCUGGUUAAUUUUCCAUUGCUGGGACAUGCAGUUUCAAAGGGAAUUGAGCAUUCAAAUAAUGCAUUAGGAUUUGAAAAGGAUCCUUCCUUUUGACAAUCUAGUUCCGAAUCAGAGGGUGAAGAUGGGGAAAAUUCUAACAAUGACCCUGACCUGAAUGAAAUUGAAGAGACCGAACAGAAAUUACGGAUGAGUUCAGAUUCUGAUGUAUCCAUUUCAGCUGAGAAGGAACUGUCUUUGGACCUAUUGAGACAGUAAAGAUUUGGGUGAUGAAUUAUCUAUUGACAUUGCUGAUAGGGAGAAGGAAAAGGAGGAGACACUAUGGCCAAAUCCCAUGACUUGAGCUCUCAUUUAAUUACAUGAAAUAAGCAUCCAAGAAAUCGGAUGCAUCUAUGUUCUUAUUGUGCCUUUUUUUAAAUGCCUAUAUGCCUUUUACCUUCAUAAGCAAAAGUAAAAAGAAAAAGUAA